AUGGCUUCAGCUACCAAUGUUUCUGCACAAAUUAGCAGUAUUCCUAUGCUGAAUGGUUCAAACUUUAAAGUUUGGAAGGAUACCGUGGAGAUUGUCCUCGGUUGUAUGGAUCUAGACACAGCUCUUCGAGAGGAGAAACCCACUUCCACUCCGGAAAAUCUCAAUGAGGUUAAAAUAGAGAAGUGGGAGAUCAAUCGAAUGAGCAUUAUGAUCAUGAAACGGUCAAUUCCUGAGGCGUUUCGGGGCUCAAUUACUGAGGAUAAAGAUGCCAAAAAGUUCCUAAAAGAUGUUGAAAAAUUCUUUACUAAGAAUGAAAAGCGGAGGCAAGUAGUCUUUUGA